AAAUUUACCAAUAAUAGAGGACUAGAAGUGCUAUUAACCCAAAACUAAAAGUUUGGUGGAAAUGCAUGCUAUAAGAAUCGUACUUUUACAACCAGAAGAGUACUAGUAAAAUUUCAUAAAACUGUGCCAACAUACAUUGAUCAACUAGUAAUUUUCCUUGAAGUUCAUUGAAAAGAUAACUUCAACUAUGGAAGCAGAAAGGGGAAAAGGCAAAAUGAUAAAUAUUGAUAAUACUGAUGAAAUAUUGGGAGAAGGAUAUGAAGGCCUAGAAGAUGUUCACAUAGACAUAUCAAUGCUAAAGGAUGAUGAUCAAUGUGACAAUAGAAACAAGGAAGUAUUUCAUGGCAAUGCUACCACUGCUAGGGAGUUGUCAUCUUCAUCGAAUCGUCGUAAUUUUCAAAAGCGAGCAUCUCCCUUUGUGUUAAAGAUUUAUGAAAUGCUUGCUGACGCUAAGUUCAAUUCCUUGAUUUCAUGGAGCAAUAAUGGGACCAGCUUUAUUAUCCAUGAUAAUCAUAAGUUUGCUGUUGAAGUUCUUCCUUGUUUCUUCCGACACAACAAUAUCUCUAGCUUCGUCUGCCAACUCAACUGCUAUGGAUUCAGGAAAAUAAGUUGGGACAAAUUUGAGUUUCGACAUGAAUGGUUCCAGAGAGGAAAAGGGCAGUGGUUGAAGAAUAUCAAGAGGAACAAUACAAAGUCUCAGAUGAAUGAGCAGUCAACAGACCAAGCUCUUGAUGAAACAGUUGCAUUUACAAUGAAGAAGGAAAUUGAGGAAAUCAGAGAAGAGCAAAUUGCAAUGAGGAAAGAAAUCAUAAUGCUGCAACGGCAACUAGACAUAUUAGAGAAAGAGAUGGAAGACAUUAACCAAGUUGGAAUUAACAUGUCCUCUAAGAGAGCCAAAAUUACCAUGCUCUUGUUCAACUCUUUAUUUGAAUGUACACGAGGGUUAGGCAGCACUGAAGUUGCACAGGAACAGGAGGAUGAGAUAGAGAAUGGUGUUGAAUACCGGGGAAGUGGCGAUAGAGGCGAGAAAAGGAAAAUGCAAGUAGAAGAAGAGUUAGGGGGAAAGAAUAAAGGGAACAAGAAGAUUGGAGGUGUUUCAGAUUUUAAGUCCGAUUCAAAUUUGGAAAAAAUGCUCAUGGAUGAGAUGAACAUGAAAAAUUUGGCACAAGAACAACCUGAUAAUUUCCUGGAGUACGAAGAGCUGGCUGGAAGUUCAACCUUUUGGACCGAUUAUGUGGAAAAGAUGGAUCACAAGGCUAUCUUAUCUGGAGUUGGCACUGCCGUCUUACAGUCACAGGAAACCACACUUUGA